CUGAGAGAGAACCUUAGUCUCAGAGAGUUUGUAUAAGUAUACUCGCACAAGUUCCGUGUGAGUGAGUAGGCAAUGUCACGGCGCCGAGUACUAGCGGACAGAGCGAUGCACUGGAUAGCAGCAAGUGGCCGAUUGGGCAAGGACAAAUUGAAGUUUUUAGAGAGUCUGUUCGAUUGCGGGUCUUCGGGCGAGGCUCAGUUCGCUUCCUCAGUGUGUUUCUUGGUAGCAGUGUUUGAGGAUGACCGAGGGUUAGUGGCACAGCCGAUGCUGGUAAAGUAUAAUAUAGACGAUGAGUUGACCCGAAAUUGGUUAAACUUGAACGAACAGUUCCGGAACGAAGUGAUCUUGUACAACAAAGUUCUUCCUUUUUUAGACAGAGACAACACAAUGAUUAGUAUAUUCCCUCACUACUUCUUUGGCUCAGCUAGUGAAAGUGACAAUCCUUCUGAAUACACAUUAGUUCUUGAAGACUUAAGAAGUUCAGGGUUUAGAUUAAGUCCGGAAAUUCUUGAUUUGGACUUCGUCCACUGUGCACUUGCUUUUAGAAAACUGGGUGCUUUUCAUGCAUUGUCUUUUGCAGCUAAACAGUCAAAUCUGAAAGACUUCACCAACUUGGUAGAGAAACUUGUAGAAACAAGACUUUUGGAGUAUAAUUGGGAGGAUGCGAAAUAUAUGUUUGAAGGUUCUUUAGACAGAGCUGCAGGGCCUCUCUUGGAAAAUGGCGAGAAGAUUGAAGAAAUCAAUCAAUUCAAAAAUAAACUUAAGAACAGUUUUAAGUACUUGAAAAGUAUUUUAACUGUCCAAGAACCAAUGGGUGUCAUUUGUCAUGGUGACUUCUGCAGGAAUAAUGUUCUUUACAAAUACGAAAAUGGUAGUCCAGCAGAUAUUAGGUUCUUUGACUUGGCUACUGCAAGAUAUGGCUCUCCCAUGCUAGACUUUACUUUCUUCUUUUUUCUAAAUUGUUCUGAGAAAUCACGGAAACUUUACAAAGAUGAGUACCUGAAAAUCUAUCAUGACUCUCUCUCAACAACCAUACUUGGUGUGGAGGUUCCUUCCUUGGAGGAUUUCAAAGAGGAAUUUCGGCGUAAAGCCGUCUAUGGAUUCUUGAUCUCUUCAUUCUUCAAGCCUGCCUUAAUGGACUCUGUACCUUUUGAUCCAGUAAAAGAGUCACGGAAACCACUUGAAAUUCGGGCAAGAAGAUGUCUCAGUAACGGAGGAACAAAGGCAACUGAAGUAACUGCCAAUAUGUUGCGGGAGUUAAUUUACUUAAAAUGUGAAAUAUGAAAUAGAUUAGUUCACAUACAGCAGUUUUACCCUGAUACUCUCACAAUUAAGCUGCACGAGUCUUAGUUUGAGUAAUUAGUAUUGAAAAAUUAGCAUAACAUAUGAAAUUGUUGACAUAUUUUAUAGUUUGUGUAAAGAAAAUACAUUAUUAUUAAAAUUAGAAAAUAUUUGUUAACAGUGUUCAAACACAUAGAAAAAACUUAGAAAUACAAAAGAAAUCAAAAGCAAAAUAAUAUUUGCUGUGACUGCAGUGGAUUAUCCAUCCCCCACCCCGAAAGGUUGUAAAAUAUGUUUUAAAAACAAUAAAAAGCUAAUAGGACUCAAAUGUAUCCAAAGCAUUAGAUAUAUAAAAAUAAUUUUCGUCGUCAAUAUACUUAAUUUGCACGAUUUCUCAAGACUGUUCUAAGAUUAGUUUUUACAAGAUGCAUUAUGAGACCUACGUUGUAUUUUUGUCCUAAUGCAGUUCAUAACACCAUAGUCAUGUUUCAAACGAUGUAUUAUUAAAUAAAUAAUGCAAAGUGAGGGUAGUCCUGAUGGCAUCGCUUACACUGGAUCUCUUCUUUUAAUGUCCAAAGGGUUUUACUCAGUUGGUGGAUUCAUAAUGAGCUACUGGGAUAUCUGAAAGUGCUGGAUGUGAAAUCACUGCAAUUGUUCCAGAUGAAUGUACUCGUAUGUAGUUUAUAAGCAAAAGAAAUGAAUUUAUUUCUUAAUGAUAAAAAACUAACUAACUAUAAUUAUUUCAGCGCAGGUAGACUAAACGUGUUAUAAUAAUUAACAUACAUUUUAAAAUUAUUAUAUUUUGUGAUUAUACUUUUUACUUCUGAUGACCGGGCAUACAGGAAAACAAAACUUGUGAUAGUGUUAAGGAAUUCAAAGAAUAGACUGAAUGCAGAUCAUAGUUACAAUUUUCAAGAAAAA